GUCGCUUUUCUUUCAGUUUUUCAGUUUCAGCUUUAAUGAGAGCGUAUGAAGAUUUCCCGAAGAUAGUAGAAUCCUGUAAAUACGAUCAGUGUUGUGUGUUUUGUUUGUGUACCUACUUAGUGAAAAAGAAAAAUAUAUACCAGAGCAGAAACUAGAGAUUAAAUGUGAACUUGGUCCAAUGUCAAAAUGUUCCCGCUACCCCAACUGGACCCGUGUUCCUGCAUUGACCAUUACAACGAGUGCGUGACACAGAAUCCAUUCUUGGCCCAAAGACUCUUUAACCCUUAUUUUCCUCAGUUUUGGCUGCCGUUUCCCAUUAAGAUAACCCAGCCCCGUCCAGAAAAGCCGCCGUAUUCCUAUAUUGCCCUUAUUGCGAUGGCCAUAUCGUCGUCACCAAAGCAAAGACUCACCCUUAGCGGAAUUUAUAGAUUCAUCAUGGAGAAUUUCCCAUACUACAGAGAAAACAAGCAAGGCUGGCAGAAUUCUAUAAGACAUAACCUGAGUUUAAAUGACUGUUUUGUGAAAGUGCCCAGAGAUAAGGUGUCACCUGGGGGUUGUGAGCAGGCCGGAGCUGCUGGAGCAGGGGGGAAGGGUAGUUAUUGGAUGUUGGAUCCGAAAGCGGCGAAUAUGUUCGAAAAAGGAAAUUAUCGGCGAAGGAAAACGAGACGACAAAGGAUUGCCGAAUGUACAAGUUUAUAUCAGGAACAAGCGCUACCUUUAGUUUCCAAAUCCCACCACCUUCAAACCAACGUCGAACUCGAGGAAAGCAAUGCGGAAUCAACUCGAAGUAAAAAUUCCAGCCUAUUUACUAUAGAAAAUCUAAUCAAAACUAAUGAUUCCAGAAACAGAACUACUUAAAUAAAUACCCACCGACUUUUGUAUGUUUGUCUAAAAGUUAUCAAAUUAUUGUGAUUUCUUUUAUUUAUAUUUACUAUCAAACGAUUCAAAAUAAACAGAAAUUUUAUAGCGAAUCUCCCGAUGUUUAUAAGUUUUAAAGUUAAAAUAAAUAAUUGUUUAUAACUGUUAUAGAGAUGUAAGUAAUA